CAAGCACAGUCGCAGCUACAGCCCCAGCCACAUCCCACAUAGAACCGCACUCGGGACUGGUCUGGAGUUCCGCUUUGUGUAAUAAGCAAACAUCGAUUGCGAUUGCGCAGGCGCGCAGAUCACACAUAAGCUGGUGAACAGUGGUGGGGUAAAAAGGGGUUUAGAUUUACCAAAUAAUUUUGCUUUUAAAUUUAUAAAAGUUUAUGGAUCAGACAUUUCCUAAGUGUUCUAGUUUGAGAUGGAGCCGAGUCCAUGAAGCUGAAUCCGCUGCCGUUCGUGAACUUUUCGAGGAGAUGAGGUGACAGGGCGCAAAUGGAAGCCUUAAAUAUCACAAUCGAUGGCAGACAGAAGCGAAGCGCAGCAACUGCAGUCAACAUAAUAGCACUCAAGAUGAGCUCCAAAUUCGAUAUAGCUGAUUUUUAUGACUUAAGUGAUCGGGUUCUGACUUAUUUAAGGGCAUCCCCACAGCCCCAAUAGCUGGAGUGUCUGCCACCUCGUUGAACCCAACCGAGGUAGAGUUCAGCGCUUGGGACUGUGAGGGGUCGAUGGAUAGAGCAUCUCAGACACGGAGCGCUGGCUGCGGGUAAACAAUGCGGCGCUUGACAAAACGCUGUGCGAAAAAGGCAGACAACGCAAAAACAACAAUUGAAAUGAAAACGAAACGAGCUGCAAUUACAACGGCAGCAACUUCAGGCUGCAGACUAUAGACUGCAGACUGCAGACUGCCAACUGCGGAUGCAAACUCAAAGUUCCACAACAUUGAAGCCUCUCAGUGGCGGCGGAUAUGGCAACGAGAGCAUCUGCAUCUGCAACGGAAUCCGCAGCUGUUGCUGCUGGCCAAUUGGCUAGGUGGCAAGUGAAUAAAAGCCACCUCCACUGCAUCGAGUGGCAUCAGUUGCAAGCAGCGAGCCACCGAGAUUAAACACCAAGGAUAAGGACAAGCCACCCCCACAACAUGAUGAAACUGGUACUAUCACUACUCUCCCUCUGCGCCUUGGCCGCAGCUCGUCCUGGCUUCCUGCACGGCCACCACCAUCACUAUCCGGAGAUCCCCUACUAUCCGCACCACCACCAUGUGGAGCCACUGCAUUACCAUCUGCCCGCCGUCUCCCACCAGAGCUCCACGGUGGUGCACAGUGUGCCGCACCACAUCAUCAAGCCGGUGCUGCUGCCCACCGUGGUGAAGACCGUGGUGCAUCCGCCCAUCAUCAAGGCCUACCAUCCGGCGCCCAUCAUCAAGGCCUACCACCCGUACGAUCCCUUCCAUCUGCACCACCAUCACGAUUUCCACGAUUAUCACCUCCAUUAAACAACGAUCGACGACGCUGAUGACUGAGGAUCGAUAACGAUAACUAAUUGCCGAUAACGACGACAGGAAGAUUGCAACCCUUGUAUGCUGUGUAUGUUUGCGAGUGUCGAUUGUCCAUGUGUAAAGUCCAAAAGAAGUUUCGCUGUAAGCUGCUGACUAUGCUAUUCCAUCUAUCCUUAAUACUGUACAUAAAAGAUACAAUAUCUAA